AUGGUUAUUCUGCACGUCAAGCGCGGGGACGAGAGCCUCUUCCUGUAUAGCACCAGCGUGCUCGAAGCCAUCGACGUGCUCGUGCGAGACAUCACUGCCAUUUACAAUGGGAGGCUCAAAGUGGACCGAAUUUGUGCAGAAAUGGGCGAGCUUGCCGAGCACGGCGUCACCCUGCCACCCAACAUGCAAGGACUGACGGAUGAGCAACUGGUGGACCUGAAGCUAAAGGACGAGUGGGAGGACAAGUGCGUGCCCAGCGGGGGCGCCGUCUUCAAGAAGGACGAUAUCGGCCGGCGCAACGGACACGCGCCAAAUGAGAAAAUGAAAGCCGUGCUCCUUAAAACUGUGGACGAGGCAAAGGCUUUAGUCUCCAAGAAACAAGUGGAAGUCAACGUGUGCGUGACAAUGGCAAUGGUGAAGGAAGCGCUAGCCCAGCUGCGGGGUGCAGUUAUGAUCGUGUACCCCAUGGGGCUGCCUCCACACGACCCUGUCCGGAUGGAGUUGGAGGACCGCGAGGACCUGGCGGGGACGCAGGCGUCGCUGCAAGUGCUGGAGGAAUCUGAGUGUCAGCUGUGGUGGGCGGCCAAGGAAAUGCAGCGGGACAAGAAGCUGCGGGACUACAUCGGCAACAAUGACAAGACCAAGCUAGUGGUCAAGCUCCAGAAGAAAGGACAGGGGGCGCCGGCGAGGGAGCCUCUUGUCACCAAUGAGCAGCACAAACAGAUGAUGAUGCAUUAUUACAGAAGGCAGGAGGAGCUCAAGAAAUUAGAGGCGGCAGAUGAUGACAGCUACAUGGACUCUCAGUGGGCAGACCGCCAAGCCCUGAAAAGACAAUUUCAAGGCCUGAGCAACAUUAAAUGGGGACCCAGGUAA